AGAAAGGGAAUAUACUAUUAGAAAGGGAGUACUGCCAUAUCCUUAGCACCAUCCCAUAGGUGCCAUUUUAGAUAUGAAAUUUAGCUUAGAGUCUAUUCGGAAAGAGAAGAAUAGUGAAACAUAUAAAAAAUAACUACAAAUGUAUUUUACAUGACUGAAACCAUUUUUUUAUUUUUUGUUACAAUUUAAAUUCUUUAAGUAAUAUUUUACAGGCGUUUAGAAAUUUACAACAUGAACUGGUCCAUGGAUGAGGGCCUAGACAACAUGAUCAUCAGUGGAGCCCUGUACGGAGUGCCUAUUGCUGUGGUGCGGGACCGGAAGCAGUUUGGCAGGAUUGCAACCACUGCCAAACCUGUCAUAACAAUUUACAACUGUGUAGGGAAUGUUAUAUCAAACAUUUUGUGGAACAGCGGAGUCCUGGUCCACAUGGGCUGGUCGGACGGGGAGCAGCUGCUGUGUGUGCAGGAGAGCGGAGAUGUGCUCGUUUAUGACAUGUUUGGCGCCUACCAGAAGACAUUCAAUAUGGGGCAAGAAAUUAGGGACACUAAGGUCAGCAAAGCACAGCUGUUCCCAAAUAGGACUGGCUCUAACACCAACCGCUGAGCAACAUCUCCGAGCCCAAAGUCAGGCCCGUACCAGAUCUGCCACAUGACGACACAGAGACUGUAAGGAACGUUUGUCUUAUGCUUCUGGCAUAUGUCAGAAACGUAUCGCCGGCUCGAAAACGGAAAGGCGCAGUGGCUCUGAAGUUUUC